GUUUGUUUUUGGAAAGAGUGGUGUACCCUUUACAAAUAUGGCGGCUUCCAUGAUGCAGUGUGAAUUUACUCUCUUGUCCAGUUUUCCAGUCCCUGAAACAACUGACUGCCCUACCAUUGUGAAGCAGUUUUUGCAAGGAGACUAUGAGGACAUUUUGGAGUCUUCAGAAUGUGCAAAAAAACUGCUGUCACAUCAGAAUGCCGAAAAUGCAUCCAUCAGUGAUCUUUGUAAAUUUAUUAAAACUAAUGUUGAAACCCUGAUGUUGGAUGGCGCUGAAAACACAGACUGCAGAGACUUAUCAGUCCUCACUGUUGCUGCAUCUUGUCUACAAUUGUUUGUCCAAAACAACUGGCUUGGCCCUCCAACAACAAAGUCUCCAAUUGAAUUUCUGCAAAACAAAUUCCACUCAAAGCUUAAGGAGCUGAAUGUUGAGGCGCAGAAUGAGUUGAGCGCUGAUGGUGAAUCUGUCUACUCCCAGUCUCGCCACCUUCUGUAUUUGUACAUUGCCAGAAUCAUCUUGUUGGAGUGCCAUUCCUUUUUCACAGAGUCUAAAACCUGGGACUGGUGGUUGAUGAGAUGCCUGCUCACGCAGCAAACUUUGCUCUCAGAUCGCAGCCCCACACUAAAGGCAACAGUGAUGGAGUUAAUGGACAAAUGUAAUAUGCUUUGCUAUAGCACACAGCUGUUGUGAUACUUGAGCUUGAAU